AUGGAUGAUAAGCUGUGGGGAGGGCUUGGAAAAGGAGGCGAGUUAGACUGCUUACGUGUGAACAAAUGCGAGGUUCGUGGAUACUCGUUUGAAUACUUUGGGAAUCAUUAUAUAUGGUUCAGAGAGAAGCCUGUACUUAUACACAAAGAGCAUCCGCAAUUUUACUACUAUUCUCGUCACCCUAUUCCACAUCAUUUCAUUGUUCAUACAGUUAUAGGAAACAUGGGAAGCGAAAAGAUAUUACAAGUAUUUGAGAUUUGGGUUGCUUAUGGCGAGACGGGAGUCAUUCAAGAAGGCGUUCUCAUUGUUCCAUAUCCGUCCUCAUCCUCGUCCAUACCCAUGCCUACAUGCACGUCAGAAUACCCGCUACCCUCCUCGAACCAAUUUCCGAUCCCAUAUCUAUUCCACACAACACACAAUCCCUCGUCCUCCAUCCCAUCCGCAUCCGCAUCCGGGUCUUCACUACCUACCUCCAUUGGUGGUAGAUCUAGUUGGCAAGGUAACAUUCUUGCCUCUUCCCUACCUCUCUACCUCCAAAUAUGUGCUUCAAUAACUUCACGACAUCGUAGUGCUGAAGAAAUAGAAUUAUUGAGAAAGCCAGCUGAGUGGACGAAGAUGUUAUUCUUGGAUUUGGCUCGAGAGGGCAUUUGGAUGGAAAGCAUCCUCACAGAGAGUAGAGAUAGAGACUUGGGUAGAGAGAGGGAGAGGAGGAGGGAGAGGCAGCAAGAAAGAGAUUCUAGAAGGAGAAGGAGAAGAAGUGAGAUAGAGCGCCCGGGGGCAUGCGAUUCUAUGAUGUUGGGAAGGUUAAGAAGAAGAUUGGGGUGUGAGGUAAGGACACACGAGAGAGGAGAAAGACAAAAAUACAGGUGUGGAUAUGUGAAUAGGAAUCCUGCCAGCGGAUGUAGACCCAGAAGACGAAGACAAGUUCUACGCCCUCGGAGAGCCAGAGAUGAUCGAGGAGAAAAUGAAAUUCUAAAUCCAAAGAUGAUUCGGAAGUUGUGGAGCGGUAUUUCCCAGUCCUGUGCGAAGCCUUGAGUGUUGUUAGAAAGGUUCAGAACGCUUGAGUAUUUCAAUGUACAUAAUAUAUCAAGAUGAAGAAGAAAUCUCUUGCUGUUGUCUCGAGCCAUGGAUACAUGUAAAUGUUUAUCAGAGCAAAAAAAAAAA